AUGAAUAAGUUGACAAGAUAAAUUGGUAAGAGGUUGCUUAUUGAGCCUAAAAGUACAGCAUUAGUAACUGAAGAAGCAAAGAAUUAGAUACUAUUAGGCUUAAAAAAGAAUGGAGUUGUUUGUUUAAAUCAAGGAUUGCUUACUCCUUAACAAUAGUGUGAUUUGACAAGGAGUUUAUUCACAGAUAUAAUUAGGUUGCCACCAAUCUUAGGCUUUGAUAAUUAGGAUCCUGAAUGUCAAGAAGUAUCAGUGAUUACAAACACUAAUCCUCAAGGCAAGGUUGAGGCCAAUCUCACAGCAUCAGCUAAAUGGAGUUAAGAUGGGCAUUUCUAUCGACCUUAAGAUUCAAAUGUAUUCAACCUGCUACAUUCAGUGGUCACUCCCAAAUCAGAUGGACAAGUUUGGUUUUUAGAUCUAGUUUCUUGCACUGAUUUUAUCAAGACUGAACGUAAAAGUCUCUACAGAGAGCUUAGUUAGCUUUAUGUCAAAGUUGAUACAAGUAGGAUUCCAGAGUUAAAAGGGAUUAAGCCUGAAGAUGUUGAUACAGAUUAGAUAACCUAUCACAAGAUGAUUAAUGUGAAUCCAUUUAAUAAUGAAGAAGUCAUAUUUUUGGGAUCUGCAGCAAGCAGUGAGAUUGUAGAUAAGAAUAAGAAUCCGAUUAAUGAUUUAGGCACUAUUGAAGAAAUUAUAUAGAUGUUUGUUAGUGAGCAUGAUAUAUACAGACAUCAUUGGCAAGAAGGGGAUAUUAUGAUUUGGGAUAAUAUAUAGGUUAUGCAUAGAUUCCAAGAAAUAUGCAGUGGCAAAAGAAUACUUCACAGAACUCAAGGACAAUAAAAAAGAAGUCUAGGGCUUUGA